AUGCCUCCCAAGACCACCACCUCCGAAGCCGCCGCCACGCUCAACCUCACCGACGGCGAACUGAAGCUCGCCCUCGCAAUGAUGAAGCACGUCGACCGCCCCACCACCGCCGUCCUCGAGAAGAUGGCCGAGGAGGCCGGCCUCUCCGGCGCCUCCAGCGCCCGCACCCUCCUCGCCCGCGCCGCCACCAAGCACGGCUGGUUCGCCGGCGGCGGCAGCAGCAACAGCACUGAGGAUGGUUCUGGUUCUAUCCCCACGCCCCGCCCCAAGAAAGCCGCCACCCCGCGCAAGAAGAAGAUUGCUGAAGUCGAGGAGGGCGCCGAGGAGGAGGGCACGCCUACCAAGAAGCGCGGCCGCAAGGGCAAGGCGCAGAAGGCUGCGGAGGAGGCUGCUGCUGAGGCUGCUGCUGAGGCUGCUGCUUUGGCUUCUGCCGCUGAAGCUGCUGCGGAGAAGGAUGUCGACGAUGAGGAGAUGAAGGAGGGUGGUGAUGGUUCUGUCAAGGAGGAGACUGGUGACACUGAUGGUGGCAAGGAGGAGGCUGUCGAGAAGAAGUAA